UUUUCCCAGAACACAUCUUGUUUAUAAAACUUGGAGUUUAACUUUUAGAAAUUUUUAUCUGCGAAUCUAAAAAAUAUUUAGCUUUUGUGCAUAAAAAAUUAAUAUCUAUAGUUAGGAGAAACUGUGCAAAAGUAACCGUCAAUUAUUGACUAAAUUUGGACUGUGUACAAUUGAUGAAAGAAUAUUUUAACAGGAUGAGCGCUUUCUUCACUCCUUAUCAAGAAUACAAUAGUGAACUCUCUUUUCAUCCAAAUGAAUACUCUUAUCAACAAAAUUAUCCUCAAACUUAUGAACGCCCUUACCAAGAACACGAGCAGCCAUCUUACUACGAAACAAAUAAACUUCGAAUGGAAAAUAUUCAGCAAUUUCAGAACCCAGUUCAACCACCUGUUUUCUCUAAUUUUAAAAUAUCAUCAAAUUUAGCCUCUCCUUCAUCUUCAGAUGUUAAAAAUUCUUUAAGCGUAAAGUAUGAAAGUAACGAACAAAUUAAAACUGAAAGACAAACCGAGCCGACGAAAAAUCGCACUCAAAGUCCACAUGAGGACACCCAAUCAGAUGAUCAAGGAGACAAAAAGGCAAUUUUCCCUUGGAUGAAAUCUCAAUUCGGUUAG